AUGAAGCGCAACCAUGGGCGCGACGGCGAAACGCAGAUAAUCGGAGAGCCACCGUCAAAGCGUUUAAAUGCCAGCGGUCACAGCCGCCCGGAGUCGGGCCUGGGGAACAUCCCUCGAACGAGGCACGCCUUCAAGGUUCUUGUCACCGAUGGCUUGGCGGCCGGAUUGUUAGGCUCUCACGGCUCGACCAAAGAUGAGAUACAAAAGGAGACCGGCGCAAGGCUUGUCUUCAGCAACAGAAACGACUACUUCCCGGACACACGGUACAGAGUGUUGGGCAUCUACUCAGAUGAUCCCGGGUCUAUACUUGCCGUGUUCAACUGCAUCUUGUCGCAGCUCAUACAGCACGGCGAUGAAGAAAGGAAAACGCAGCCUGCAGGUCAGACAGAGCUGUGUGGGAAAGAGCCGGGCGAGUACAUCCUCCGGUUCGUCCUGACCAGACGGAUGCAGAGUCAAGUAGUUGGUGCACAGGGAAAGAACAUCAAGUUCAUCCGCCAAGAUUCGGGAGCCAAGGUGUUUGUGGAGAAUGACAGCGUUUUGGGACAUCGUGCAGGCAAAGUCAUCGGCACGCCCCAGUCCAUCUUCGCAGCUCUGCGGCACAUCAACGAAUUUGUGCAAUGCGAGAGCGAGUUCGAGGAAGAAUUUUACCACGGCUUCUCCCGCGUUGUCAACUUUGGCGAGGCCGUGCAGCGUGGCUGGGAGCCCCCUCCUGAGCCCAAGGACCUCGACAAGCCACCGGGCCCUCGACGGGUUGCACCGCCUGCAGCCAAUCCUGCCGGGAAAGGUUCGCGAGCAUCUACGCUUAAGGCGUUACCAAAGGCUUCUCAGAAGGUUGGUCAGAGCUUAGACGGCGUGCUCAAGAGCAUAGUGCCACCGCCCCCACCUGCGGUGAUACUACCACCUGCCAAAGGACGGCCGGUGGACACGGCAGAGAAUGGGCAGGCUAAAGAGGCUCCUUAA